AUGUUACUAGUCGGGAGCCUUGUUGUCCUCUGUGGGCUGCUGGCCCAGAGCACAGCCCAGCUGGCAGGCCUGCCCUUGCCCCUGAGUCAGGACCUGCCGAUGGGUCACUGCCGGUCCUUGCAUGUGGGCCAGAGCCUGCCCUAUGGAGUGACUCCAGUUGUGGCCUCAUAUCCUCCAGGCCACCUUGCUAGAAACUUCAGAGAUGCUUUCCACCAAGGCCUGCUGUCUGGGGGGAUUCUGGGCUUUCUGGAACACAUACCGCUCCUGAACUACAUCAGACCUUCAGGAAGCAGUGCUGGCGGCCUGGUCGGGGUGCUUGGAAACGUGAUAUCAUCAAUUCCUAUCUUAAACAACAUCCUUGACGUAAAAGUCACUAAUCCCCAGCUGCUGGAAAUUGGUCUUGUGCAGAGCUAUGAUUUCCACCGCCUCUAUGUCACCAUCCCUCUGGGCUUUGAGCUCAGAGUGAACACACUGGGGUAUGGCAAUCUGUUGGGGCUGGCUGUGAAGCUGGAUCUCACUGCAGAAGUCUAUGCUGUGAGAGACAUGUAUGGGAGGAGCCGUCUGGUCAUCGGUGACUGUAUUCACUCUCCCGGCAGCUUGCGCAUCUCCCUGCUUAAUAGAUUUAGUCCCCUUCAAAACCUUAUAGACAGCCUCACCGACAUCUUAACGAAAGUCAUUCCUGGCCUGGUGCAGGGUGUGGUGUGUCCUAUUGUCAAUGGAAUUCUCAGCCUCUUGGAUGUCACUCUGGCACAUGAUGUUGCUGACUAUCUGCUGCAUGGAGUACAAUUUGUCAUUAAGGCCUAA